AUGCCAGCAGCUGUAGUGGACAAUAGCCAGGUAAUAUGUGAGGUAUGGGCAGUCAACCUGGAGGAGGAAAUGCGUAAGAUUCGAGAGCUUGUUCGGACCUAUGGAUACAUUGCAAUGGAUACAGAGUUUCCUGGGGUGGUUGUAAGGCCAAUCGGGGAAUUUCGAAGUACAAUAGACUAUCAGUACCAACUUUUACGCUGCAAUGUGGAUCUGCUCAAAAUUAUACAGCUGGGUCUCACCUUCAUGAAUGAGAAAGGAGAGUACCCCCCUGGAAUCAACACUUGGCAGUUUAAUUUCAAGUUUAACCUCACAGAAGACAUGUAUUCUCAAGACUCAAUUGAUCUGUUGGCAAAUUCAGGCCUUCAGUUCCAGAAGCAUGAGGAAGAAGGCAUAGACACCCUGACCUUUGCUGAGCUGCUUAUGACCUCUGGGGUAGUUCUUUGUGAUAACGUCAAGUGGCUUUCAUUCCACAGUGGUUAUGAUUUUGGGUAUAUGGUGAAGCUUCUAACAGACUCUCGUCUCCCUGAAGAGGAACAUGAAUUUUUCCAUAUUUUGAAUCUUUUCUUUCCAUCAAUCUAUGAUGUAAAAUAUCUGAUGAAGAGCUGCAAAAAUUUGAAGGGUGGUCUGCAGGAGGUGGCUGAUCAGCUGGACUUGCAACGGAUUGGUAGGCAGCAUCAGGCUGGUUCUGAUUCUCUGCUCACUGGCAUGGCUUUCUUUCGGAUGAAGGAGUUAUUUUUUGAGGACCACAUUGAUGAUGCCAAGUACUGUGGACGCCUCUAUGGGCUAGGGACAGGGGUGGCCCCAAAAUCCAACGAGGAGGCAGAGGAAAAAAUAAGCAUCAUGUCUCUCAUCAACAAUGGACAACAAUGA